UAUUAUUCCAGUAAUAUUUUAAAAAUACCCAUAUGCACAAAUGUUAUACGGAGUAUUAGAAAGUACUCCGUAUCUUGCAAAACAUCAUAAUCCAUAGCUGUUACAUUUUCCAAUUCAAACAAGCUUCUAGAAUUCAAAACAUGACACGUAUUUUAUACACAUAUACUUCAUAAAAAUGAAGAGCAGGUAAGAAAUUAAGAAUAGGUUAAUAAUGACAAUAUUACUAAUAACAAAAUAUUAGUAAUAAUGAUUAUAAUAAUGAUCUCAUAAUUAUUAAUAAUAGUGACAAUGAUAUCAUUGAUAUGCAUGUGUAAUAAUAGUAAAUUCUGGGCAGGCCUUUUUCUGUCCAGACUUCUCCUGCAGGUCGACAUCGCCAAAGGAAUCCUCCUGCUCAUGUGAAAUGCGGGACAACCUUCAACGACAAAGCUCAGCCAUUGGGGUUUCAAUCUAAAAUGGACAAUUGGACACUCUUUAUUGAUAUUGAAAGUAAACAUUUCUCUUUCAAUAUAUCAAAUUCAUCCAUUUCCAUUAGAGAGAGUAAACAUGGACUUUUUUCUAUUAUUGAAUUUGAUCUUGAUGGUGCCACUUGGUUGAGCUCAUCUCUACCAAAGCUUCUGCCUGGAAAAUCCCUGUCCAGAAUCAUUCUUAACAAACAUAUUACAAUCACUUUUGAUGGUAAUUAUUUUGGGGGUUUUGUUAGAAUUUUUUCAGGAGAUGAUUCUUUAUUCAUACCGGAGGGCAUAAAUGGAACCGGCAUUACUUCGUUCACAUCAAGUCUUUCACAAGCUAUUAUCAGAUUGAGAGAAUUGGCUCCUCAAGUGCCGCCGCUCUCACAAACUUUUAAACACAAAGAGUUUGGCUCAGAUGAGAUAGUUAAGCUUGUUAUUGAUCGUAUGGAUGGGAUUUGUUUCUACUCCCUCUGUCCCUAAAAGAAGUUCCAACUUUCCCUUUUCGUCCGUCCCAAAAAGAAGUUCACUUUCCCUUUUUGGCAAAGAACUUGUGGUUCACAGCAUUUCUCUCUCCUUUGCACAACUCUCCACCACACAAUUCCCACUUUCUUAAUCACCGUGCCACUUUACUUUGGAACAACAAUUAGGGACGGAGGGAGUAUCAGGAUGCUAAAGAGCUCACAAUCUCAGAUUCUUUAAUGCGCGCUUAUUUGGUAUAUUCUGAGCGUAUGGUCGAUACUUCGAGCUUUUCUAAUACAACCGAUGCAUAUGACUCUUCUCAUAUUUGUGCCGCAUUAGACUCUUCUAUUUCAGAGUUGAAGUUAUUUUUUCAAGAUACAAUGAAUUCGAGUGUGGCUAAUCUGUCAUCUUUUCUCUCCAAAGAAUAUGAUUGCAUCAUUACACACCUUCCAGAGAGCCAAGGAGUGAAUAUCAAUUCACAUACGGGUGGGCUUGCUUCUAAACAAUGCAGUACGGAUAAGAGGGAUGCUGAGUUUAAUACUAGUUUCAAAGCAGCUCGAGUUGAUAGGCUCUUUGAGCACUCAGAUUUUUCAGAUUGUGAUAUGAUGGAGGCUGACUCUUCGAGGGGAAUUUUCUUAGGUAAUCAGCACUCUGUUGCGCUUGAUGAUGAGACUGAACAAAGCUAUCCGUUCUCGGGGGAUGAUUUCCUUGGCCAUGCUUCAGAAAGUGAAAAAAGGACUACCCUGUCAUCGAGGGAAGAUCUAUGGGAUUCUGAUGCAAAUCAGGAUAUCUGUAAUGAAGCGAGAUUGGUCACAAUGGAAAAUUGUUUGCCUACAUCGAAUUUAAACACUCAAAUUAAACUAUACAGGAAAAGGCACUAGCGAUCGCAUAGCAUGAGGACUAGAUCCCAAUCACGAGUGGAGUUCAACCGUCAAGAUUGAGCUAUUUGGGUCUCUUGGGUGAUUUUCGUUGUAUGUAAUCUGGGUUGGGUUAUUUCUAUCUUUAAUUUCCGUUUCUUUUUUUAUUUUCUCUUUUGUUUUUUCCCUUCUUGUGUACUUUAUUUUUCUCCUUUUCUAAUAAAUUUUUUAUUUCCCGCAAAAAAAACAUAUUCAAACAUUCAAUAUAUGUGGUGCAGCUGAAUUCUCAAGGGUUAUCGUCCGCAGUAGCCUUUGUCCUUGUCAACUUUGUUGUUUUUAUUUUCCACAUACACGAACAUGUUCGUCC